AAAACCCUGAAAAUGAAAAAUGUGUUCAAUCCCUUCCCGCAACCGCAAACUCGAUUCUCAGAAUAAGACAACAACACCAUAUUCAUAGAUAAUAGAUUCACUUCACAAAUCCUUAAACACACAUACCCAAGAAUCAAUGUUUUGUUCAUCUCUCUAAAAAAAUCCCAAAUCUAAUCUAAUCAAAUCAAAUUCAACCUUAUGGCUGCUGCUGCUGCGUUUCGAUCAAAACCUUCAAAGGAAAAAGCAACCCUCGCGUUAUCUCAAUUACGCUACUUCGCAUUCAAUUACACCCACGCUGGUCAUUCACACUCUCCACCACGUUCACCGUUAAUCAACACCCCUUAUCACUUCACUUCCUUCAAACCCCUUUCUCUCCGCGGCGUCGAUUUCAUCCAUAAGAGUAGUAAUAAUAAUACUUCUACUGCCUCCACUUCCACCACCCUUAUCGAAGACUCUAAUCAAAACCCUAAUCAUGUUCCUUAUGAUGUAACCGCUUAUAGGGUCCUUGUUUCUUCGUUUGUUGAUCCUCCUGAAGUUUGGUCUGGUGGUGGAAUUGUUGUUCGUCCUGGGAAUUAUGAUGUUUCUGGUGGUGGUGGCGGUGGAGGUGGUGGCGGUGCUGCUAGCUCCGGUGAUUCGGGGAAUUCGAAAGAUUGGUGUUGGGGUGGGUCUAAUAUGGGAGGUACUUUUCCUACUCCAAAGGAGAUUUGUAAAGGGCUUGAUAAACAUGUAAUUGGACAAGAAAGGGCCAAGAAGGUGCUAUCUGUGGCAGUCUAUAAUCACUAUAAGAGAAUAUAUCAUGAAAAGUUGUGGCAUGCAGGAGAUUCAAAUAUUGAUGGUAAAGCCGAUGUUGUUGUUGAUGAUGACGAUGAUGUUGAACUUGAGAAAAGCAAUAUUCUGUUAAUGGGGCCAACAGGAUCAGGGAAGACAUUACUUGCCAAAACCUUGGCUAGGUUUGUAAAUGUUCCCUUUGUUAUUGCAGAUGCAACCACACUCACUCAGGCUGGUUAUGUUGGAGAAGAUGUGGAGUCCAUAUUAUACAAGCUCCUUGCGGCUGCAGAUUAUAAUGUGGCAGCUGCACAGCAAGGCAUUGUUUACAUUGAUGAAGUUGACAAGAUUACCAAAAAGGCCGAGAGCCUUAAUAUCAGUAGAGAUGUCUCUGGUGAAGGUGUUCAGCAGGCAUUACUGAAGAUGCUUGAGGGAACGAUUGUCAAUGUUCCCGAGAAGGGAGCCCGAAAGCAUCCGAGAGGUGACAAUAUUCAGAUUGACACCAAGAAUAUACUUUUCAUCUGCGGAGGAGCCUUCAUUGACUUAGAGAAAACAAUUUCAGAAAGGCGCCAAGAUUCUUCUAUUGGAUUUGGAGCACCUGUACGUGCAAAGAUGAAGGCUGGAAGUGUCACAGAGGCUUCAAUUGCAUCAUCAUUAUUAGGAACUGUUGAAAGCAGUGAUCUUAUAGCAUAUGGUUUAAUACCUGAAUUUGUUGGACGGUUUCCUAUUCUUGUCAGUCUGUCAGCGUUAACUGAAAAUCAACUAAUUCAGGUCCUCACAGAACCGAAGAGUGCUUUAGAGAAGCAAUACAAGAAGACAUUCCAAAUUAAUGGAGUGAAACUACAUUUUACGGAAAGCGCUCGCAAAUCAAUUGCAAGACAAGCAAUGUCUAAAAAUACCGGUGCUCGGGGAUUACGGGCAAUAAUAGAGAGUAUUUUGGUAGAUGCCAUGUAUGAGAUUCCUGAUAUCAGAACAGGCGACGAUGUUAUAGAUGCUGUUGUCGUUGAUGAAGACUCCGUUGGAGGUGAGGGUUCAGUGAGAGGCGCUAAAAUCCUUUAUGGCAGGGGUGCAUUCGAUCGUUAUCUUUCCAAGGAGAAGAACGAUUCAGAGACUACGGAGGUUUCUGGUGGUGAUCAGGAAGCAGAGACAGAACUUCCUUCCAUCGUGGCCAGCAUGUAAUCAAACCGUUGCUGAUAUUUAUUAUAGUUUAUCUUUGUACAUAAUAACUAGUUGAUACAUUUGUUAAAAUAAUAUAAAGGGUUAGAUUCAGAUUUUCCCAUGUGGAUUGGGUCGAAAUCAAUGUACUAUAUAAGUCAUAAGAGUAGUUCAAGAGUGACUUCCCAUGGUCAGUUUCAUAAUUACAAAUCAUGGUGAGGUAAACCAAAUGUCACAUACGUCUUCUAAAUGUGAGAAUACCUUAUUCAUUGAUGUAGUUUUGGGGAAAUACUGGUGGAAGGAACCAAAAAUGUACAUCACUUUAUUUGAUUCCUGUUUGGUCUUUUUAUUUUAUCCAAUCUCCUAGGCCAUUUGACGUAA